CCUUCUUCCCACAGGCAGCCCGGCCACUUGCUCGAGCAUGGCCUGCUGACGGUCGUGGCAUUCUGUGCAGCCCCAGAGUGACUCUCGGUGGGUCAGAUGGCUACAGCCAACAAAGGUAGCAACCCCAAAGUAGGGGGUGUCCGUUUUUCCGCAACCCAAGUUAUGGAAGGAAGUUCCAGCCAUGUUCAUUUUGAUGAGAAGCUUCACGACUCCGUGGUCAUGGUCAGUCAAGAGAAAGAGGGGGACUUCUUAGUGAAGGUUGGGUUCCUGAAGAUCAUGCACAAGUAUGAGAUCACAUUUGUCCUGCCUUUUGUGCAACUGCUGGGGAAGGACAUUUAUGCAGCGCCUCUGACGAACCUGAACCUUACAGUGACCAACAUCACGCUGGCAUCUGAAGCUACAGGCUACAGGGUCAAGUGCGAGUAUGUGGCCCACAAAGAAGGUGUCCUUCGGGAAGAAAUGGUCCUUUGCAGCAAGACCAACAGCAAUGCCAGCAUCAGAGUGGUUGUGCAAGCCCGGGUGAUGGACCGGCACCAUGGCACGCCGAUGCUGCUGGACGGCGUGAAGUGCAUCGGGGCCGAGCUGGAAUACGACUCUGAGCAGAGCGAAUGGCCCGGCUUCGACUAGCCAGGAUUGGCCCCCUCUACUGCAGACCCCAGCGCCUUCCCGGGGUCCUCUAUCCAUAUAUAUAUUUUCCGGUUAAGCUUGAAAUAAAAAAAAAAUGCCAUCUC